AAAACUACACUCCAUUCCUUCUUCUUCUUAUUCUUCCUACCAGAAAAUUUCAGAGCGAAAAAUCUGAAAAUGUACUUGAAAGAAGGACGUUCUUUAGCGCUUAAGCUACGUAAAUCUCCAAUGGCGAAACCCUUCUUCCUCCUCAACACCACGAAGCCAAUUCCAAAUCCCAACGACUCCGAACCUGUCUUCAAGGAAUCCGAUGUGCUUAAGAGGCUGAACCAGGAGCCCGACCUUGCCCUAGCCAUGGACUUCUUCAAAUCCAUCUCCAAUUCCGGAGCUUUCAGCCACACUCCGUUAACCUACCACGCCAUGAUCGACAAGCUCUCCCGCCAUGGCCAAAUCGAUAGAAUCCAGUACCUUCUUCACCAGAUGAAGCUCCAAGGAAUCGCAUGCUCUGAGGAUUUGUUCGUCACCGUUAUCAAUUCCUACAGGCAAAUUGGUUGGGCAGAGGAGGCUUUGAAGAUGUUUUAUAGGAUAAGUGAGUUUGGGUGUAAACCGACGGUGAGGAUUUACAAUCAUGUUUUGGAUGCUUUGCUUAGCGAGAAUAGGUUUAACAUGAUUAAUCCGGUUUAUACUAAUAUGAAGAGAGAUGGGUUGGUUCCAAAUGUGUUUACUUAUAAUGUUCUUCUUAAGGCUUUGUGUAAGAAUGAUAGGGUGGAUAAUGCCCGCAAGUUGCUUGUAGAAAUGUCCAAGAGGGGGUGCUCUCCCGAUGCCGUUAGCUACACCACGAUAGUUUCGUCGUUGUGCACGCGCAGGAAAGUUGAUGAGGCGAGAGCGCUUGCUGUUGGGUUCGAGCCUGUUUUGCCGGUUUAUAAUGCUUUGAUCAAUGGUUUGUGCAAGGAGAAUAGAAUUGAGGAGGCUUUGGGGUUGUUGGGUGAAAUGGCAGAUAAGGGAAUCCACCCGAAUGUUAUCACGUACUCGACUGUUAUUAGUUCGCUUUCUGAUGUUGGAUGUGUCAACUUGUCUCUUGCGAUUUUGUGUAAAAUGUUUGUUAAAGGGUGUGACCCUAAUGUUCAUACGUUUUCUUCCUUAAUUAAGGGGUUGUUUUUGGAAGGAAGAGUGCUUGAAGCUCUUGAAUUGUGGGACCGGAUGAUUAGCGAGGGAUUCCAGCCUAAUGUCGUUGCGUAUAGUACUCUAAUACACGGUCUCUGCUCCACUACAAAUGUGGAUAAAGCUGUAUCUAUUGUCCAUCAGAUGGAGAGAAAUGGGUGCUCGCCAAAUGUUACCAUAUACAGCACUCUUAUUGAUGGCUUUGCAAAAGCCGGUGACCUUUUUGGCGCGUCGGAGACGUGGAACAACAUGAUGAGACGCGGUUGUCGUCCUAAUGUCGUCGUGUAUACUUGCAUGGUAGAUGUCCUCUGUAGGAAUUCUAUGUUCAAGAGGGCUUAUUUUCUUAUAGAGAAUAUGAAUGCGGAAGGUUGUCCUCCAAAUACCAUCACGUUCAACACUCUCAUCAAGGGGUUAUGUGGAAGUGGAAAUGUGGAGUGGGCUCUAAAAGUGCUUGAUGAGAUGAGGAGAUAUGGUUGCUCGCCCAACAUCACAACAUAUAAUGAGUUAUUAGAUGGUCUGUUCAAGAUGAACAGAUUUAAAGAUGCUUUUGGACUCAUUAGAGAGAUGAAGGAAAGGGAAAUGGAGCUAAAUUUAGUUACUUGUAAUACGAUCCUUUAUGGGUUUUGUCAUGCCGGUUUGCCUGAGAAGGCUUUGCAGAUAGUUGGCAAAAUGCUUGUAGGAGGAGAAAAGCCUGAUGCCAUUACAUAUAACACUCUUAUUUAUGCCUACUGUAAGCAGGACAGGGUUAGGACUGCAAUCCAACUAUUUGAAAGAAUUGGCUCAUCGAAAAAGUGGCGCCCUGAUGUGAUGACCUACACUAGUCUUAUGUGGGGAAUCUGUAACUCUAUAGGUUUAGAGGAGGCCAUUGUUUAUCUUCAGAAGAUGGUAAGUGAAGGGGUUUGGCCCAACUUUGCCACAUGGAAUGUGUUGGUCCGGUGUUUCUUCAACACUCUAGGUCAUUUGGGGCCAAUACAUGUUGUGGAUGAUAUUCUUGGUAAGGGAUAAAGCUUCUGAAUUUGGAUACUCUUAAAGAAUGUCAACUUAUCACCGACAAUUACUUCGUUGGACUAUGGAAAUUUACUUGAAGUGUCCUUGUUGCAUCUCGGUUCAAAGGGAUAAAAGCAGAAUUGAGAAUGCUGCUUUCACCUGCGAUAUACAGAUACACGGCAUGUAAGGGAGUCACUGAGAGUUUGCAGAUUCUGCUAUCUUUAGUUUCAAACUACGCUUCAUGGAUAUGAAGCUGUGGCCUCCAGCUGUUGCCCAAGUCAGUACUUCCUUUCUCUGACCCCAUAGUACUUACUGGUCAGUUUCAAGGUUUUUGGUCUCAUUUUUCUGAUGGAUGAAUCGAUUAGGUUCUAACAUUCCAUAGCUGCCACCUUUCACAAUUUGGACUGCUCAUCUGCUCAUUUCUUGAGUUACAUAUUAUUCUCAAAAUGAUGACUUUUUAAGGACAUUGAGAUACCACAUUUCUGCCAAUGCGGACAAUGGUUUACUUGAUUUCAAGUGGUGUAACACUGUCAGCUGAAGAAGUUUCAGUUAAUUAUGCUCUGACUAUAGCUGUGCUUAAACUCCAGCUGCGAUAAGUUAGGGGCUCGAGUUUGGAAGACAAUAAAGACGUGGUGUCUACAGAUAUUGCUGUUAGAAAAAGUAUAGCUCAUCGACAAGUGUAGCUCCACAUUCCCUUUGGAUCUUUGUUGUGCUGAUAUGCAAUAUAUCAUGUAAGUUGUCUUUCUUCAAUUUUGUUCACUUUCCUGUAAGCUGACAAUUUUGUACAUAUAUGAUAGACGCAUUGCAAUUAAAAUAUUUUUUACCUAUAUACUACAAAGUCCCAUCU